AGAAUUUAAAGUUAUUCAAGUAAAGACCCAAAAUCCCAAGAAAAAAAGGGAAAACAUUUGUUCACCAUCUUUUGAUGCAAAAAGGCCAGAAUUUGCAAAAAGUUUACAAAGAUUUGGUAAACCCUCUCUGUCUCUCUCCAUUGAUAGAAGAAGAAAAAGAGUAUAUUAGGGUCACUAGUCAAAAGGGAUAAUCAUUAUUUAUGGUUGUAGAGUAAUUAGUCUUCCCAUCUCACUAUUACUUCUUCUCUGUUUUUCACUCAGAGAUUUUUAUUGUUUUGUGUUCCUCCUUGAGUAUAAUUAUCAGAUGAUUUUCUUCUUAUGGAGUUUUCCUGAAAUACAAACAAGACAAAUUGUAUGUUUUUGAGAUUUCUAAGUCCCUGAUUUUAGUGGGUUUUUUUUUUGCACCAUUUAUAGUGGUGGGGUUCUCUUGUUCUGGUCAUUUUCUCCAUUUUCAUAUUGAGUGAUGGGUUUUGAAGAAAAUGGAGAUGUGAAAAUUGUAGGACUCAGAAUGAUUCCAAGACAUAAACGAUCAAAGAGCUUUCCAGAUAAAAGAAGAGUUGAGAAUGGCUCGGAUGAUUCUCUUGAAGAGUCACCUCGUCUAAAGUUGGACAUUGGAAGACUUAAAGGCUCUUUCAAGACUAAGAAGCAGCAAUCUCCAAGGCUUGAUACUCAGAAUUCACUAAAACAAGAGAUUCUACAACUCGAGAAAAGAUUGCAGGAUCAAUUUGUUGUUCGCCGUGCUUUAGAAAAAGCAUUAGGUUCUGGGUCGUCUUCUUAUGAGACAAAUGAACCUUCUACAGUUCCAAAACCAGCAACAGAAUUGAUAAAGGAAAUCGCAGUGCUGGAAUUGGAAGUUGGACAUUUGGAGCAGUACCUUCUAUCAUUGUAUAGAAAAGCCUUUGAUCAGCAGAUAUCAACUGUAUCUCCAACUACAAGGGGUCACCAAACAUUGUCAACUUCUCCCACUGUCGAGCAUCAGAAGAUAUCUUCUGUAUCUCCAACGGUUAAGGAUAAAAAACUUAAGUCUCCUCCACUUGUCCCAAGGCGAUUGUUUGUAGACGAAGAUACAGCAGAAACUGCUACUAAGGUCGCACAAUCAGUAGUUCAAUCUGUGCCUAAGACGCUUUUUAACACACCCAAAGAACCUAAUGAUAGCAUGAUUCUUGAUUCAAAUGUACAUCGCUGUCACUCCUCUUUGUCACAUCGUACUGCACUCCCUACAGGGCCUUCACCGGAUUCUGUUGCUAAAGCUUUGCGUGCUUGCCAUUCUCAGCCAUUAUCCAUGAUUGAGUUUGCUGCCUCAAACGUCAUUAGUCUUGCUGAGCAUCUUGGAACGCGUAUUUCAGACCACGUUCCAGAGACACCAAACAGGAUCUCAGAAGAUAUGGUGAAGUGUAUGGCAACCAUAUUUUGCAAAUUGGGAGAGCCUCCUGCAGCAAACAAUGGUCUUUCAUCACCUAAUUCCUCAUCAUCUUCAAUGGGUGAAUUUUCUCCUCAAUAUCAAUGUGAUGAAUGGAGUGCAAGUUAUGGGAAAGAUUCAUCUUUUGAUACACGUCUGGAAAAUCCAUUUAAUGUUGAAGGGUUUAAGGAGUUUAGUGGUCCUUACAGCACUAUGAUUGAAGUUCCAUGUUUAUAUAGAGAAAGCCAGAAAUUGGGAGAUGUGGAGUAUAUGUUGCAAAAUUUCAGGUCACUGAUUAGCCAACUUCAAGAAGUGGAUCCGAGGAAGUUGAAGCACGAGGAGAAACUUGCGUUUUGGAUAAAUGUUCAUAAUGCUUUGGUGAUGCAUGCAUUUCUGGCAUAUGGUAUUCCACAGAAUAAUGUGAAGAGAGUCUUCUUACUUUUAAAGGCUGCCUACAAUGUUGGAGGUCAUACUAUAAGCGCUGAUACCAUUCAGAGUUCCAUCCUGGGAUGUAGAAUGUCUCGUCCAGGGCAGUGGUUACGAAUGUUACUUUCUCCAAGAACAAAGUUCAAAUCAGGAGAUCACCGUCAGGCCUAUGCACUCGAACAUCCAGAACCCAUUCUACAUUUUGCCCUUUGUUCAGGAAGCCACUCUGAUCCUGCGCUUCGAGUGUACACCCCGAAAAGAGUGUUAUUAGAGCUUGAAUCAGCAAAAGAUGAGUACAUCCGUGCCACAUUCGGGAUGCGCAAAGACCAAAAAUUGGUCUUACCAAAGGUAGUCGAGUCAUAUUCCAAAGAUUCUAAUUUGUGCUCAGCUAGUAUCAUUGAAAUGAUCCAACAUUCGUUGCCUGAUCCAUUACGAAAGUCUCUUAAGAAAUGUCAAUCUGGAAAAUCACGUAAGAACAUCGAAUGGAUGCCUCAUAAUUUCACCUUCCGGUAUCUUAUAUCAAAGGAAUUGGUGAAGUGAUCUCUGAUCGGGUUUUGGAUUACCAACCUUCAUAUUCGUCUAUUCGUUCAAAAAAUAUUAUAUUUUUUGUUUGUAGGAAAAAUAUUCCCGUUAAUUUUUUCUUUCAAGUAAUAGUACCGGGUUUUGUACAAAAUAUUAAAGCUAUUUAGAGGGUAGUUUUAGAGAGUAGUAUAGAACAUAAAGGUGGAUAGCUUCCACUUGUGUAAAUGUGAUUAUCUAGUAGAAGCAUUAUUUAGUUUGAGUCCAAGUAUAUUUUUUCAUUCAGGGUAAGACUAGAGAAUCUAUACUAAUAAAGAGAACGGAGAAAUUAAUCCAAUCUAUAAUUGAUGAGAAUCGGAUUCGUCUUCAAUCACUAGGUCAACCUAUAAUUCUCGAGAGUAUAUGUAUAUUAGUUCUCUUUGUUCGAUAAUUAGGCAAGUGGAAUAAUAAAAGUAUGUUCCAAGUUCAUUAUUUAUUUUGAUUGAAAUUGGUUUGUCUGGUAUUUGAU